GACGGGACCGAAGAGCUCAACGCUCAAUUCAAUAUUUGUAUUUUUUGUAACUUAUCUCUUGUAUAUAUAUAUAUAAAUCGACCUUUCAGAUAUCUUUCAGAUUCUCCCAUUCAAUUUGAUUUCUCACAUUUCCAUCGAUCAAUCUCAGCCCAACAAAACACACCACAACAAAUCUCCACCCACUCCAAACCCACACCAUGACACCCAAAAUCUUCAUCACAGGAACCACAGGAUACACUGGAGGCGAUGCCCUCUACACACUCUACCACGCGCACCCAGACUGGGAAUUCACAGCUCUGGUGCGCAACUCGGAUCGAGGCGCUCCUGUCGCGGCCGCUUUCCCAAAAGUUCAUCUAGUUUAUGGUACUUUGGAAGAUGCAAAGAUUCUUGAAGAGGAAGCUGCGAAGGCGGAUGUAGUUUUACACACAGCCGACUCCUCCGACCACGAAAUCGCCGCAAGAGCCAUCGCCACCGGACUAGCACGCGGCCACACCCCCUCAAACCCAGGCUACUGGCUCCACCUCUCCGGCACCGGCAUCCUCUGUUGGAAAGACAUGGAAUCGCAAACCUAUGGCGAAGCCCCCUCCCAACCCCCCUACGAUGAUCUCGACAACGUCUCACAACUCACCCAUCUCCCGGACUCCGCCUUCCACAGAGACAUCGACAAGCUCGUCCUCUCCGCCGGCUCCUCCUCGCUCAAAACCGCCAUCGUCUGUCCCCCUACCAUCUACGGUCCCGGUCGCGGCCCCGGAAACCAACGCAGCAGACAAGUCUACAACCUCGUCCGCAUCACUCUCCAAAAAGGCCAAGCCCCCCAACUCGGCAAAGGUCUCACCGAAUGGGACAACGUGCACGUGCACGAUCUCAGCACUCUCUUUCUCCUCCUCGCCGAGCGCGCCAUCGCAGGCCCCGCAUCCGACGACGAGGAAAUCUGGAACGAGAAAGGUUAUUUCCUCGCCGAGAACGGUCACCAUGUCUGGGGCGAACUCUCCCAGCAAGUCGGCGCGGUCGCGUUCGCGAAAGGUCUCAUCCCCACUCAAGAAGUCGCGCGCAUGGAUGUCGAAGAAGCGAAGGAGUUGGCGGGCUUCGAAGCCAUUUCCUGGGGGUUGAACUCUAAGGGAGUUGCGAAGCGAGCGAGGAAGUAUUUGGGCUGGACUCCUACCGGCAGGAGUUUGAGAGAUGAGAUUCCGUAUAUCAUUGAUGAGGAAGCGAGGAGAGAGGGCUUGGUAAAGGGACACAAGGAGAAGGCUGCUGGUUCCGCGUAGGUUUUAGUAGCAAUAGGUAAAUAGAUGAAAAAGCAGAAAAAUCAAUCGAGAAAUAAAUUCAUCUAAGGAAAACUCUACUCGACGAUUCAUUCAUUCAUCAUAGAGGUUCUUCACUUCACAACCUCACGACUUCACGACUUCACAACUUCACAACCUCACAACCUCACAACCUCACAACCUCACAACCUCACAACCUCACAACCUCACAACCUCACAACCUCACAACCUCACAACCUCACAACCUCACAACCUCACAACCUCACAACCUCACAACCUCACAACCUCACAACCUCACAACCUCACAACCUCACAACCCCACAACCUCACAACCUCACAACCUCACAACCUCACAAUUUAUCCAAAUUCCUAAUCACAAGAAGAAACCUCUACAUCCCCCUCCCUCUUUCCCCCCCCCCUCCAAAAACAAUAAAAAAAAAACAUACAAAGAAUUUCCACUCCCUCCUAAAUUUAAACUUGUCUCGCAUAAAUAUCUCAUCUCAUCUCAUCAUUUCAAUUCACUUAGUAGAGGUAGAGCUAUCAAUUCUCCAAAUUUAAAUACUCCUAUUAUUACUAUCUAUCUAUCUAUCUAUCUACUUAUAUAUACAUAGGUACACAUAUAUCAAUUAGAGCAAACUUCACCCUUAUCACUAACUUCUCUAUUCCUUACAAUUCCUCAAAAAAACUCGAAAAACUCGAAGAAAAAAAAGACUAGCUCGCUAAGAUUAAUUAGCGAGAUAUAUAUAUAGUUAGUUAAUUAAUUAGUUAGUUAGUUAGUUAUGUGUAUGUGUAUGUAUAUAUGUAAUCUUAUAUAUAGUUAUACUUUUACUUAUCAGGAAGGAAGGAAGGAAGCUGAGAUUGGUGAAGGUGGAUUUUUUAUUUAAUUAUGGGUUUUGGAGAUGGAGAUGGAGAUGAUGAAAUUGUAAUUUAUAGAUUCUUUUAUAUUGAUACGCGAGGAAUUGGAUGGGAUAGGAUUGGAGUGGAUUGGAAUGGAAUGGAAUGGAAUGUUGUCUUGUCUUGUGUAUAACUUAUCUGGAUCGAAAUUGAAUUGGGCUUUUGAACGUAUCGUAUAUCAGUGUAUGGGAUUGCGAUUUCUGUGGGGAGGGGAGAGUGAAAGAAAGGGGUUGGGUGUAACUUGUGGGAUUGAGAUUAAUUUAAUGAUAUUUUGGUUGAAAAUGUGUGUGGUAUGUAGGGAUUAAGAGGUUUAGAUGUUAUAAAUAGUUAAC